GGGAUGCGCACGCGCACGCGGGGCCGCUGGUCCUACUGUCACCUCUCUCGCUAAAUGGCCUUGGCGGCGGGAAAGUUGAAUCCGAGGAGCUGGCGGGGCGAUGUGCAGCGACUUUCGCAGGGCCGAAUCCGGGACGGAGCUCCUCGCCCGACUUGAAGGCAGAAGCUCUUUGAAAGAACUAGAACCCAACCUGUUUGCUGAUGAAGAUUCACCAGUGCAUGGUGAUAUUCUUGAGUUUCACGGUCCAGAAGGAACAGGAAAAACAGAAAUGCUUUAUCAUUUAACAGCCCGAUGUAUACUUCCAAAAUCAGAGGGUGGACUGCAGAUAGAAGUCUUAUUCAUUGAUACAGACUACCACUUUGACAUGCUUCGGCUUGUGACAGUCCUUGAGCAUAGACUGUCGCAAAGCUCGGAGGAGACCAUCAAGCUCUGCCUUGGCAGAUUCUUCCUGGCGUACUGCAGCAGCAGCAUGCAGCUACUGCUCACGCUGCACUCGCUGGAGGCUCUGUUCUGCAGUCACCCCUCUCUCUGCCUCCUCAUCGUGGAUAGCCUGUCAGCUUUUUACUGGACAGACCGCGUCAGUGGGGGCGACAGUGUGGCCCUGCAGGAGUCUACGCUGAGGAAGUGUGCUCAGCUCCUGGAGAGGCUCGUCAGCGAGUACCGCCUGCUGCUCUUCACAACAACACAAACUCUAAUGCAGAAAGCCUCAGACUCAGCAGAGGGGCCUUCCUCCUCCUCCAGGCACCCGUGUGAGGGGGACACGGACUAUAGAGCCUAUCUCUGCAAGGCCUGGCAGAGGAUAGUGAAACACAGAGUCAUCUUCUCCAGAGAGGACGACGCUAAGGGCAGCCGGUUCUCGUUAGUCUCACGUCAUUUAAAAAGUAACAGUUUAAAAAAACACAUUUUUAUGAUCAGAGAAAGUGGGGUGGAGUUUUGUUGAUCUCUAUCAUCAAAAAGGCUUUUGGGAGCACUAAGGCAAGUCUUUAAAAGUCUUUUAUAGGCUAAAGUGGUUUGAUUCUAAAGUUUUUAAUUCUGGGGAAAUUAAUCUAAAUAGUACAGUAAAGCUGCUCUGUUCCCUCCAGGCUGUGGAAGGUCAAGCAGAACAUACUGAACUCCACUAGCCUUGUUUUAAAACUCAGUAAAUGAUACAUGUUCAGAGCCAGUCACUUUCUGUUUACGUUCGGGAGGUUUCACUGCUGGUCCCUUGGCCUCCUUGAGGUUGUAAUUGAAGAGAAUGUGCAGAGCUGCUAUUCCAAUUGAAGGAAGGAUACUCACCUGCCUCCCUCAAGAACCUGGAAUGAGCCGGGCAUGCUGGCCCACAACUUUAAUCCCAGCAUUCGGCGGAGAGUCAGGUGGAUCUCUGAGUUUCAGGCCUGCCUGGUCUACAGAUUGAAUUCCAAGACAGCCAGAGCUACAUAGUGAGAUCCUGUCUCAAAAAGCCAGUCAUUAAACAAACAAACAAACAAACAAAUAGGUGAAGCUGGUAUGUUCGAUAGAUAAAUAAAUAGAUGAGACUGGAAUAUUUGAGUCCUCUUUCGACCUCUCCCCUUUUCCUGUUCUCACCUGCCUCCCCCUCCCAUGGUGACGCUAUGUUCCUGUACAGUUUAGGCUGGCCUUCAUCCACAGUUCUGCCUCUGCCUGUGAAGUAGCUGGGACAGUUGGCUCACCCUUCACCUUACAGUCCAAGAAUUUUGGUCUGAGUGACACUUGGAUUCAAGGUGGGUUUCCAUUGUUCUUGGGGUUCUGUGUCAUUUUUCAAGCACAGGGAAAUGAUGUAGUCAUCUUAGAAUUGUUGGUGUUUUCUUCCCUAUUUAGGAGAGCCAGGCAUGCCUUGGAACAGGCUGAGUCCUUUCCAGCUGUGAGCUGAGGGACUCUUGGUGCUGUGCUUCUCCACAGUUCAGAAGGGGCUCACACUGCAGGGGACGAGAGGACUGCACAGAAGUUGUCCUUGUGAGGAGGACUGUUGCCGCGACAAAACGCCGCAAGCAAAAGAACACUGGAGAGGAAAGGGUUUCUUUGGUUUAGUCGUCCACACUGUAGUUCAUCCUUGAAGGACGUCAGGACGGAACUUAGGAAGGGCAGGAACCCAGAGGCAGGAGCUAACACAGAGGCCGUGCAGGAGUGCUGCGUGAUCACGUCCUCUGGUACUGCAGGGUGGCCCGUCAGUUACUUGCAGCAAUGCCUCAGUGUAUCACAACCCUCAGUCAAGUCUUCCCACAGAGCUGUGGGAUGUUUCCCUCGGCGGUGAGAAAGCUUUAAAAAAAAAUUUUUUUUUAAAUCCCAGGGUCUCACUGUGCACAUCUAGCAGGCCUCCUAAGUGCCCUAAGUGCAGGUAUUAAGAUGUGUACCACUGUGCCUGGCUCAUUAAUAUAAUUAAAAAACAUUUUGAAACUAAAUUACAUAAUUUCCACCUUCCCUUCCCUGACCCCAACCCCUCCCAUGUACACUACCCUCCUUGCUCUCUCAAAUACAUUCAUGGCUUCUGGCCUAUUUUUUCGUUUGUUUGGUUUUUAGAUUUUUCAAGACAGGGUUUCUCUGUGUAGCCUUGGCUGUUCUGGACUUGCUUUGUAGACCAGGCUGGCCUCAAACUCAUAGAGAUCCACCUGCCUCUGCCUCCUGAAGUGCUAGGAUUAUAGCCAUGCACCACUGUUCUGAGCUUUUUUUUAAAUUAUAUAUACAGGAAUAUGUAUGUGUUUAUAUACUAUAUAUACAUAUAUAUUUGGGGUACACACACACAUAUAAGCCUUUUCAGUUUUUAUGUUUCUUGUAUGUUUGUUUUUAGGGCUGACUACUUGCUAUUGGAUAGCCAAUUAGGAUGUGCUUUCCUAGGGAAGACUAUUUCCUGCUUUCAGCCUUUUUUAGCUGCCCAUAGUGUUAUAGGAUAUUUGAUCCCAUUUGUGAACCCCAAAAUUGUGAACUGUAAAAACCCUGUUUCUUGUUCUGUUUGGUUGAGCCCUAUCAUAGUCCAAGGACUUUUUAUUGUAAACUGGUGAUUAUGGUGUGGUUCACCCAGCCCUAGCACACAUCUUUAAUCUAAGAGCUUUCUGUACAUAGGAUUUAAUAAAGUUAACCCUAGAACAAGAGGUGGAGCAAGUAACCAACUGACAGGGAUUAAAGAGUAGCAGGGACUUUGAGUGGAGGGCUAUUUAAGACAGCAUGAAGAUUUUUUUAGCUUAAGCUCUGGCUUUAGCUUUGGCUUCAGUUCCUCAGUUCCCUCCCUUUUUGGGCUUUGAGCUAGAAAGCCUUUGGCCUUGGGUUUUUUUGGCCUUUUCCUCCUGGGCUGUCAGUAGAACUAGUAAGCCUUUUGGAUUUUUUUUUUUUCCCAUUUGGACCUAAGCUGAGAAAGGUCAACUGGGUGCUUUCUCUGCCUCUCUGAGCUAGCAGGUUUUCACCCCAGCAUCUGGCUCCUGAGUCUUUAUUGGUAAAGUACAACAGUUGGGAUUUUCCUUUUUUUUGGGGGGGGGGAUUUUCAUUUUUGUCUAUAACACUGUAGUUUUUUUGUCUAGGGUUGGGACCCCAUGAGAGUUCUGUCUUCCAUAUUAACAUGUCUGUUGGUGUCAUUGUUCAGGUCUUGUUUAGGCAGCCAUGUUGUUGAGCUUUCAUGGAUCUCACAACAGAUAUCAUGUUCCUCUGACUCUUCUGAGAUGUUCCCUGAGCCUUAGGUGCAGGAGUUGUGUUGUAGAUGGAUGAGGAGGGGCAGGGCACCACGUGAUCACUUGUUCUCUUCAUGUUGAUCCCUUUUAACUUUCUGUAAUCUGUGUUACAAAGAGAAGUUUCUUUGUUAAGAGAUGAGAGCUGUAUUUAUCUUUGUGUAUUUACAGUGCAGGGAGGGAUU